UCAACGUCGAUCGAUGAUCAUUAGCGGCGUCGCGUCAGUGCAUUUCGCGCCGCGUGAUCGUGCGUUUCGUCGCACUCGUCGUACUCGUCAUCACGACGUACACGUGCGAUGCGACAAGAGUGCGCGAGAUACGAAUACGCGAACGAUUGUGCCUUCGAGACGAUCUCGCCAAAGUGUCAACGGGAUCUCAAGCGGAAGACCACGCGGAACGAGUCGAUCUUUUUCGCAAAGUUAAAAGUUUCGCGCGACGUGACGUGACUGACGAGUUGAAAUACGGCACGGCGAUAAUCUGUCUCUGCCAUCAAUAACAGUUUCGUGCGAAAAGCGGUAUGUUUUGUCGACGAGCUCGUCUUCGCGACUGCAAUAUUAAUGCUUCAUGACUUUGAAACGGGAUCGAAUAUGAUAUUUCACAUCAUUGGUUGCACGAGAAAACAAAUUUUAAACACGAAAACAAUAAACAAGAAUAUAAAAUAGUAAUAUGUGAAAUCGCACGGGGCUUGAAUGAAUCAUAAAUGAUCGAACGAUAAAAAAAGAGCCCUACGAGAUGAGUCCUUCGCCUACGGCAAAUCGGAGUUUCCUGCAUGGGAACGGCAAGACUGCCCUGAUCUCCGACAAAGUCGUUUACGCCACACUUGACAGCUUAGCUCUGAAGCGAACGAGAUUGCCUCUUCAAUUGCUUCCCGUGGACAGCGAUAAUAUUGCAGACAACACGGAAAAAUCAGACAAAGAAAAGCGAUUCGUCAAUGGAAAGACUUUGCCCAACAAACGACCAACUUAUAAGGUGAAAUCCGGAGCGAGUCAUCAGUGGAAAAGUUACUCCAAGUGCCAGGCCUUCUCUUUAACCAAGUCGGAGAACCAGUCGACUUGUGCCACCAGGAUAUCAGAUUCCGGUACCAAAAGCAAUAUUGAGAAUAUCCCAAAAGAGGAAAUUCAGACCCAAACGGAAGCCAUUGAAGCGACUAUGGAAAGUUUAUCCUUUACAAGUCCAUUUAUAAAAGAAGAAUCUUGCACUCAAGAUUUGCAGAGUGAUAAUAACGAUGAUUUAAAAUAUCCGCAGAUAGAACCAAAAAAUCCUUGUAUGUAUAUCAAGAUUACUGAAAAUCAACGCGAGAAAAAAAAAUACUGUAUCAAAAGAAAAGACUCUAAUUCAUCCAGCGAUUACGAAAAAAUGGAUAUAAUAGAUUAUAAAACAUCUACAUUUGAUGGGACACCUAAAAUUGAUCCUGCAAUACCAAAUGAAACAAUUCUUGAGCCCCUAACGCAUAUUUACAAAAUCGAGAAAAAUAUUCCAAUCACUUCUAAGAUAGCCGGAAAGUCGCAGUCCGUAAAUGAUCUGGCUAUCAGAGAGUCCACGUACGAAAAUCCUUCGGAAUAUUUGCAGAACAUGGAAUCAAGUACGAGCGAUGAGGAUGAUAACGCGUUCUCGAGAUAUAAGAAAAAGAAGAGACGAUUUACCAGAAACGUAUUCCACUAUGUACCGCGGCACUUGGUAAAGCAGCCAAAGAAAAAGAAGAAGUCGAAAAAGAAGUACGCUCUGGGCAGCUCGCUGAGUUCGUUGCAAAUGACGUCCUUCUCAAAGACUCAGGGCACCUGCACCGGGAUCAGAAACUUAUCGAGGGAGGAACUGAAGGGCGUGAUCAUCUCGUCGCCUACAAACUUUGUCCAUGUGGCAUCCGCCACGAAUCCCAGUCUGGUUCGCGACACCAACGUCGGGUUCGGCUUGGAGCAGGUUGUGAUUACUCAUCAGCAGAUAUGUGCAUCUUUGCCUCUACUCGUUGGAAAGGACGAGCGACGCAAGUCUGAGAACGAGAACGCUGAACGGCCCAAGGUUACCGCAGGAAUGUCUCCCGAUGUGAUUUCCAAGCAAUCCAAAGAAAACCAAUCAGCUUUCGAAAGUGUCACAGAUAAGAGCGAUCGAAUCAACUACGCCGAGAUAAAGAGCAACUUCUCGAGAGACUUGCAGGCGGCGAAAGUUUUGGAGUCUGGCCAGGUGGUGAAAAUCGCGAUUGAAAAUCAGGCCGAUUCGCUAGAAGGCGAAAUGUACGAACCCGUCUGUGAGACUUCUCCUCGGGCACCGCCGCGGGCCAACUGCAGCUUUCUGUGGAGCAAUCAUCGUGCCAAGACUUUUCCGGAUAAGCGCGACGUAUCCGCUACGUGCCAUGCCUUGAAGGAAAACGACGAGGGCGUUGAUAGCGAGGAAUACGAUGAUGUCGGACCGUCUAACUUCGCCGCUCAAGCGGAGUCCGAUUAUGACGACGUGGGUCCCCCAAUGGCUCGCUCCGAGAUAGAAGAAAUUAACACCGCUGAUGCCAAAGACUGCGACGAGAUUUAUGACGACGUGGUGCCGCUUAGCUUUAAACAGAACGGUACAACAGUCAUCGACGAGAGCAAUUAUCUGAUUCCGGAGGUUGAUGAAGAAGGAGUAUCGAGCAGGAAGCCGCUCAUGGAAUUGCGAGCGACGUACAAGGAUCGCGCGGCAAAUGCGUCGCAAUGUUUCGCUUCGACAACCGAGGACGAUCAGUAUUUCACGUCGAUAAACAAUGAAUAUUCCAGCGUAGACUGCGAGAGUCAUCUGAGCGAGGAGGAGCGGGACGAGCUGGGUGUGUAUGACGACGUCGGCCUGCCGCCAAGCGAGGAACGUGUCAAUAGCCUUUACGCUGGCUCCGCACCCGGCUCUGUCUUAGGAUUGACCUCGAUGAACGGCAAGGAAUCCGAGUGGGAGGACCUGGAAGAAGUCUCGAGCGCCUCGCAGUGCCCUUGUCAGACCAAUGAUCCAUGCGAAAAGGGGACCGAUGGGCAAAGCGCAUGGAGCAAGAAGAAAUUUGCUCAGCGAUGGUCGCGGAAUGCCAGGAGACAACGGUCCAGGAGAUCUCGCAGAAGUAUCAAGGCGACUGUGAUGACAAGAACGACCCACGACACUGCAGUUGACGAUAGUGUUUCCGACGACAGCACGUAUGAGAGCCUAUAUUCCUGCCAGCCAGAUGAUUUCAGCAGCGACUCGGAAACGGAAACGAGUGGUAAACGGCGUCACAAUGUAUCGAACGAUUGCGUUAUCACCAACACUGAUUUGGAAUGCCCUACGAGACCGACUCCGCCGCCGCCAAGAGAGGCCAGUCUAACACAAACCCUGGGUAGGCGAAUAAAGAUGCUGCGCAGGACCUGGAGUAUCACGAAGGGCAGUCUCGGCAGGAUAAGACGGCGAACAUCCGUAGACGAGUCCGGCUUUGACGAUAAGGAAUCCGGCAACGAGCAUCACAGCAAUGAUACCGGAAAAUAUUUCAACUUUCGUUUGAGGCAUUUCCGAAAGAGCAUCGCUAGCCCAUCGACUUUCUAUCUCGAUGAGAAUGAUAAAAAUGACAACGUUUGCGGUGCUCGUAAUAAUAACAACAGCACUGUCAAGGAAGCUAUUUACACCAACAGCCAAUAUAUGGGAAGCGGCAGCGAUGAUUCCAAGACUUCGGGCGACAUCGAUCAUUACAGUGUACUCGCCGAUCAAGAACCUCUCUACCAAUUUUACGCGGCCGCAGUGGCUCGUGUUGCUUUCGAGUCGGAUUCUGAGGGCUAUGAGGAGGUGGAAGAUACGAUAUGGAAAACAGAACCAGUUGCAACGAAUCUUGCCAGAUCAGGACAAAGAAUGCUCUGGUGUCAUACCCCACAAGUAAUACACAGUGGCCUCUUGCAGAAACUAACAACGGAGGAAAAGAAGAUUCAAGAGGCAAAGUUCGAGAUCUUGACCUCCGAAGCGUCGUACUUAAAUUCCCUUCGAGUUCUAGAAAACGAGUUCCUCAGUAAUCAUAUACUAAUAAACGAAAUCCUGACGCCGAUCGAGAGGCAGAGAUUGUUCGGCGGGGUGCCGAGCGUGUUAUCGACGUCGCAAAAAUUCCUAGCUGAAUUGGAAGCUAUAUGGAGGGAAGAUCCGAUGCUAUCGGGCUUAUCGGAGAUUUUGCUGAAGCACGCCGAAAAAUGUCAGGCCACAUACGUGGCUUAUUGUUCGAAUCAAGUCAGCAUAGACACGACACUCAAAGAACUCAACAGAACUCGAAAAGGCGUAAAGUUCUUGGAAGCUAUCAAACGUAUAGAAAUGCGUCCAGCGUGUCAAAAUCUAUCUCUGCAUUCCUUUCUAAUGCUACCAAUGCAACGUGUUACGAGAUUACCCUUAUUAGCUGACGCUAUUGUUUCCAAAUUAUCGAUUGGAAAUUCAAACAGAGCAUCUUGGGAAAAAGUUCUAUCAACUUUGAGCAACGUCGUUGCCGAAUGCAACGAAGGUGCUCGAACUGCUGCUCAAGAAGCCGAGAUGGAAGCUUUAGCGAGGAAAUUAGAAUAUUCGUCGAAAAUUAAACCAAUUUUGCUAAGGGGUAAGCAGUUAGUUAGAAGUGGAUCGGUCGUACAGUUGUCGAUGAAGACUGACACCGAAUAUAAGCUCACAUUCGGGAAGAAGUUUAACAAGACACCACUCUACCUUCUAUUACUCACUGAUUAUCUUCUAGUCACGAAAUUAAAAUCUAAUGCUCACGACGAAUGCUAUACCGUCAUAGACGCAUGCAAAAGGAAUCUUCUGGCCCUGGAGUCAGCUUCCGAAGAAUCACCAUUUGCUGGACGGAACGCUAUGAUGCUGACUCUUCUGGAGAAUCAUUCCGGCCGUCAUGUGGAAUAUGUCUUGACAUGUGAAAAUAAUACUGAAAGAGAACGAUGGCUGGAGGCUGUUUCGCCACCCAAACGUGGCUUAGUUGGUGAAACGUUAUAUGAAUCCUGGGACUGUCCGCAAGUAGUGGCCAAGUACCCGUAUUUACCAAAUCAACCAGACGAAUUAUCGUUGCAGUCAGGGGACGUGAUAAAUGUAUUGAGAAAAAUGGCAGAUGGUUGGUAUCAUGGUGAAAAAUUGUUGGAUGGUGAACAAGGAUGGUUCCCGGCGAACUAUACGAAAGAGGUGGCAUCCGAACACGUACGUGCGCGGAAUCUGAAGCAACGACACCGUCUCUUGGCACUCAGCAGCAGCGUGAUACAACAAAGAAGAGCGAGACAGAAUCAGGGAAUUCAUUGAUGAAAUUAAAAUACGCGGAAGCGCGAGUCGUUUAGAGAUAUUGUGAUAUCGUUUAUAAAUUAUUGAAUGUUUAUAUAUAUGUAAUUUUCACGUUAUAACAGUAUUUUAUAAUCAAUAAUUGUGUGCCAA